GCACUCUGUCGCAAAGUCUCGAAAGAAUUAAUUCGUAUCAAAAAAUCAAAUCAUUCAAAAAAAAAAAAGAAUUUAUUUCAAAUUAAUUCAAAUGAUUAAUUCCGAAAUACUUCCAACAUUUUGAAUUCCAUUAUUAUAAAAUUAAUUUGUUAUUGAAUCAUUAAAUUUUCCAUCAAUAAAAUCUGCAACAACUUAGCAUUAGAAAGAUUUAAAAAAUUUAAUGAAAAACAAAUAUUUGUAUUCAAUUUGGGUUAAAUUGCAUUAACGAAAAAAUUAAAUAGUGGAACUUGGUAAUAAAUUCAACAAUUAAUUAUUUUGGAAUUAAUCUUAAAUUGAAUUAACUAACACUUGUAAAAGAAAAUUAUUUGUAAUUUUACUCCAAUAAAAAAACAUGACUGAUACAAGUGCUAUAAACGAUGUUUAUAAUAAAACUGUGCAACCCAAUAUGCAAGACCAUUCCAAGGAUUUACUGAAACAGACCCAGCUGCAAGUUGAUGAAUUGGUGGAAAUAUUACAAGACACUACUCAACAGGCAAUGAAUCGUGAAACUAAACUCUCACAUUUAACUGAAAUUUCCCGGGAUAUGGAAAAUAAUGCGGAUAUAUUUAAAAAUCAUACGAUUGACAUUAAACGCAAAGAGUGGUGGAAGCAUAUGAAAACGAAAUUAGUUUUUGCUGGACUUGCAGCAUUGGUUUUAAUUAUUAUAAUAUGUAGCAUAUUUCUAUAAAUUACUAAGCUAAGUGUUAAUUUAAUUGUAAUAUUUUCAUACCGUUUUAUUGUAUUUGCAAUUAGUAUGAAACAUUUGCAAGAAUAAAAGGUACUAUUUUUAGUUGUUAGUUACUAUAAGCUUCACUGAACUGAGUAUACGAUAUUGGCUUGAUUUGUUUUUGGCCUCGAAGGAUGAGCAGUUCAUUUGGCUCGGAAUUCAUAUGUUGCCAGAAAUAUGAGAAAAGCUAAAAAUUUUAAAAAAUAAUUUUCAAGUCAUCCACCCAAUGCAAUAAAUAAAAACCAGCCUCU